GUAAGUUGGGACUCCGUAGUGGUACGGCACCGCUGUCACACUCGUCGAAAAUUUUGUCCGUUAACAGUUUUACAUCCGCGAGAAGUCACUCGUGCCUUCGCUCCAUCGUCGCUGAACUCCUCCUUCCUCCGAUUAUUUUUCUCUCCUUUUUUAUUCGUUGCAUUCGAUUAUUUUUUUCCAAUUUUUCAACCGAAUAUUUUUAUUGAAAAAAAAAAAAAAAAAAUCUCGUCUCAUCGUUAUUUUCGGUUAUCAGAACGUCAGUUAGCAGAUAUCACGACUAAGAGGUUUCAACGAUUCUACGAUAAAUUUAUACGCGAAAGGAUUUUCAAAAUCAAAAAGGACUCGUGAUGAUGACUAACGUCAACGGAUAUCAUAUUGCAGUAGCGUUAUUCAUGGUGUGCUGCUGGGUGAAUCCGAACGAUGCGAUUCCAUAUCGGAUUCGUUCAAAGGCUAAAAAUCAGGUAGAGCAACGGGUCCAUACGGCUGAGACAAACGCCUUAAAUGUUAUUCAGCGUGCAAUGGGACAACUGGCUUUAGCGUCCGAUAAAAAUCCAGCUCUUUCUGGCACCGGUAAAAAGUGGAAAUCUUCGAAACGCCCUCGGAGUUCGAGGAGUCGUCUAAAAGGCAUGAAUGUCAAUAUAAACACGAACAGGAACAUUCGCGUGCACUCGAAUACGAAUAACAUCGAAAGGUCACAAUUUAGCGAAAAGAAACCAUUACCUUCGAUUCAUACAUCCGAACCCAUCCGAGAAAAUAUGGGGGAGGACUUUUGGGGACGGGAGGUGAACUGUACGGAAACACACGGCGAAAACAGAACAUACUCAAGUAGCUUUACUGCGAACGGGACGUUGAGGGCGCUCGGUCUAAAGGACGAUAUGAAAGUAGCCGGAGAAGUUGCAACGAAACAGACGAGCAGUAUACAUUUUGGUGAGGAUAUUACGCUCUGCUGGAUAGAAACGACCACCAUAAAAGAGGAUCGGAACGUUCAGCCUCCGCAAAGAUUCGUUAUCAGAGAGUACACGAUAUCCUUUGAAAAUUCGGCGACUAUACCGGAACGGUAUUUGGAGUGCGUUAAAGUGGAGGGCGAAAUCGAUGGGAAGAGCGAUGGUGACGUUCCGCGAUCGAAAAUUUUCGAGGUGAUGGACGAGAAUACCCGACACAGUCGACUGGUGAAUUUCACGACCGUUAGACACACCAAGCAUUUCACUGUCUGGCAGCAUAGACGAGUUCGCUGUGGCGUUGGACCCGUCGUGACAAAGAACGUCGUCGAAUGGGCUCACAAAGGAUCGGAGAAUCCCAAGAAGAGAGUGGAAAUAAAAGUCAGCCCCAAGAUCCACAGACUCCGCGUUGGUUCCGAAGAAGUGGAACCGUGCCCUAAAGAUGUCGACGAGACUCAACACACCAAGAAUAUCACUGUUGAAAAGUGCGCUCCGGGGGAGACUUGCGGCCAUUUGACAUCAACGAGUAGAGAUCUUGUUGUUGAGAAUGAAGAAUCUACCCAGUUUUAUACCCCAGUUUCUAGCGAAGAAGAUGUCGAAACGAUAUCGACCACCGAAAAGAUAAUGAAGAGCGCAAACGACGACGACGAGUCUGACAAUAUUCUCUCGGCUGGUAGCAUGAAAGCGUCAUCGAUUCGUCCGGAUCAGGAGUUCGAUAGGCAGCAGGAGACGACCGCGCUGGUUUUGUCGUCUACCGAGAACCGUCUGCUCUUGACCUCUGGAGAUGAAACCACCCCGAAAAAUAGGGAAGUUCCAGAGAUGACUUCCGAACUCGCCAGAACAGAGUCCGAUGAGUUCAAGUUGGGGGUAACGGUGGCUCACGAACCUGCGGCCAUGGAAGCUGCUAAUCAGGAAGUAGAGAAAUUGCCUCAUUUUUCCGAAUACAGCGAGUCUUGUGAGAGUGAGUCGUGCUCAAGUUCGGAAUUUCACUCCGAGUCCGAUGAAAAAGCUCCCGCUUCGUCGGAACAGUGGUCGAACGAAGAUUUUAAAACAACUCUCAGAAACGAAGGAACCACUACGAACGAUUAUGUGUCCACUGCAACCUCAACCCCUGACAUCAGAUACACCGAGGCAUCCGAACCCACGACUAACGACGAGUACGAAAAUCCAUCCGAUGAGGAAACGACGACUGUGAACAACGCAAUAUCCUCAGAGACCACUACUGUCAGCGAAAUUACCACUCCUGAGACUACAGAAAGUGUUGCCACGGAAACUACCACGACGGACAGUAGCGCGAUGGUUACUACCGAGAUUGCGACCACCACCGAUGUCGACGAGUUGACGGAUAUUACCACUCCGUUGUCCGAGGACAUCUCCACGUCAACUGUCGGCCCGGAAAGUACCACACUGUUGGUGGAAGACCUUUCUACGACAGUUAGCGGCACCGAAAGUACCACCGCUGUGACUGAACCAACGGAGAGUGAGAGCGGAACAAGUACAACUACGGAUGGCACGGAAACGGAGCUUCCGGAUAUAAGUACCCCCGUGUCUGAGAUAACAGAAAGCACUACGGAAUCUACCGGUACGACGACGGAAGGAGUGCAAACAGAAUUUACCGAAGCAACGACUGUAUCUACUUCUGCUGAUAUCAUGACGACGGUUUCCACGACGCCAACUGACGACACAACACCGGGUUCAACGACUGAAACCACCACGACUGAAACAAGCGUUACCGAAUUCACCACUGACCAAAUGACUGAUACAACUACUCCUACCACCGAAGAUUCUGUCACGGAGGAAAUCACUACCGAAGAACCUGUUACGGAGGAAACCAUUACCGAGGAAAUAGUGACGGACGAAAGCACGACCGGGUUCUAUGAAAUCGAAGAAACUACGACCGAAGGAAGCACGACGGAGGCAACUGAAUCAACGAGCGAAAUUCCGGAAAUCGAUACGACCGCUUUCGCAGUAACAACCGAACCAAAUGAGGAAACGACCUUCGCAACUACAACCGAAGGUGACUUCGAUAUUUCAACUGUGAGUGAGAAUCCUGCGACUCCGUCAGACAAUAAUUCGAAUCAAAUCACCACAGAAACUGUGCCGACUGAAGAAAUACCCACUACCGUUGGGACGAUAGUGAUAUCAAACGAGGAUUCGGACUCAUCGGUCGUCUGUGACUCAAAUUCUUACGAAUGCAGUGGAUCAAACUCGGAAAGCGAUUCGUCUUCAUGCGACGAGGACUCGGAAGACUGCCAACUUAGCAUGACUUCGUCGGAAUCUUCGUGCGAUCCACAGACGGAAAUGUGUACGAUCGGCCCUUUGAUUUCAUCGACAACACCGUGUGACGAGCAGUUGGGAGGCUGCUCUGGUGGCACUUCAACAUCAUCCGUAUCUUCGUGCGACCCUGCGACAGAGAUGUGUACCACCGGCCCUUUGAUUCCGUCGACAACACCGUGCGACGAGCAGUUGGGAGGCUGUUCGGACGUCACUUCGUCAUCAUCGGCAUCUUCGUGCGACCCUCAGACGGAAAUUUGCACAAUCGGUCCUCUCCUCGAAUCCACCACACCGUGCGACGGUGAAUCGGGCGAACCCUGCGCAGCUGCCAAUGGGAAUGAGCAGUUCGCUACUCCGGGUGACAGUGACGAAACAUGCGAAAAUAAUUCGACGGGGAGUUGCACCACGGUACCGGGCUCGCAAACUACCACUCAACUCCCAACCACCACGUCCGCGACGACCAUUGAAGUCGAAAAUAUUUCAACUACCGUCAGCGACGUACCAACGACAGUCGAAAGCCGAAGGAGCACAACGAUAACGGCGUUAUCGAACAAUCCUCAAGCUAAACACAAGCUUGCGCUCAAGAUAAAGAUUCUUCUGGAACACAUAGAUGAGAAUAAAAAUAAACAGAAGCUCGUAGAGGUUGAGAAGCAUCUACUAUUUGACGAACAUACGGAUGAACUUGGCAAAGAAUCGCUCAUGAGGCAGGUCAAGUCGCUGAACAAUUCUGUAAAUAUACGGACCGUUCAAGCACUUUUUAACUGUUCCACGAUCGAAAAGCUCACCGGCGACAUGGGGGAAAUUGCUAACAGAUAUCUAGCGAUGCACAACGGGACAGAGAACACCGAUGACGCUGCUUUUAAACAACCCCAUAGACGGGCUGAACGUGAUUUAGGUCCACCGGAGUCAUCCCAAUUGGACGCAGAUGUCGAAUUGAGUUUACCGGGAAUACACACGGACAUUCAUUCGGGUCUUGGACACGUGAUGACCCGAGUAUCACCGGAUCACGAAUUGACGAAGAGGAGUGUGGAGGAUAUCGAAGAAACAUUACCGAUCUCUCGAGUCCUGCAGUUGGUUUCAGACCCACAAGAUCGCCGCGUGCGAGGACGAAAGAAAAGACAAACUUUCGACGAAUUAACUAUCGAUGAACGAGACCUUCCGCAGGAUAUUCAGGAAAUUGGAAAUUGGUCAAACGAGAGGGUGAGGAGGGCAGUGAACGGCGGUCACGUUCGAAGUCUGACAGAGUUCACUAUAUACAAAGGUUAAUUAUGGUAUUCCAAAUUAUCGUAAAAAUAAUAAAAGUCCGAAAAUCAGUUGCGAGUAGGUCUAUAUUGUUUCAUCAUUCACCAGGGGGGUGAAGUCGGGUAACAUCAGGGGGGAAAUAUUACCUACUUGUAAAAAAGUGGAAUAAAGUAAGAUGAAUUUGGAGUUUA